AUGCGGGUGGACGAAUCAGAUGUGAACUCUCCUCUUGAGGUUACGGUUGCUUCUAACAUCCCAAAUGAUUGUGGUGUGUUCGUUGUUUCCUACGCUGAGCACUUCAUAACCGAUGUUGAUCUUCCCGAUAAGUACGGUAUCAAUGUGGAGAGGCUUAGAUACUCGUACUUGCUAUAUGCGCAUGGAAAAUUUAAGAAAGAAAAUGAUUAUGAAAGCGAGGAUGAAUCACCCGGCACAAUGCCUGAAGAAGUCCGUAUCAGUUACUUGGAAUGA